AUGACUCACACAUCCACGGCCACGUGGGGGCAGGCCAUGAUGCUUUGGCACCUCCAACAGCAGCUCUUUGCCAAUGAGUUGGGGGAUCCAUUGCAGAUCUCAGUGAUGAUGAAGGAGUCGCAGGUGAAGACGCUAGCAGGGAAACAUGAGGUCUUGGUGGUCGCCAAUGUCUUGGCAUCGAAAGUGGAGGCCUUCCGCGCUGCUGUCCAGCAGUUGAUCUGGCGGAGGGAGGUGCCCAACGAGGUCUUCGUGGUUCCGGAAAGCUUUGCCAGCUCCAAGAAGGCCAUCCGCAAGCAGCGGCAAGCGCGGCAGCGCGCGCGAGUGCUCUUCGUGGCAAUGACGCAGGAUGCUCCCGACUCUGCGGUGCCGUUGGGCCAGGUGGCGGUCUUUGUGACGGGGAAGCUUCAGCCGUCCAAAGACUUGAAGAAGGAUUGGGACGAUGGCAGCAACAUGGGCACGAUCAAGGAAGUCGCCUUGGCCGCUGUGAAUUCCCUGUCCCCUGAGGGUCGCGUGCCGAGCGACAAGGUCUCUGAGCUUUGA